GGGCAGGAAAGGUUAAUGAGUGACCAGACCAGGCUGAAGGGCAGGUUUUACUUUACACUUUCAGAAGAAGGCUAAAUGCGGGAAAAUGGUGCCUGAAUUAAACUUCAGAUAAUCCAAGAAUACUUCAGCUGGGACUGAAAACACCUGAAGGUAGGAGGUCAAAGUUCAUGAGAAUUCUGUGCUUGGGUUUCGUUGAGGUUUCAACUGUGAGAUUGGAUAUAUUAUGAGCACCCAUCCAUAACUUAGCUCGGACAAUCGGCCGACCCUGAUUGGACUGUUUCCCCCCUCCAAACGAGUUGCUGCCUGCAGCUGCUGUGGGAGCCCGAGUCGCCAUGGAGACGGUGGUGAUCGUGGCCAUAGGGGUGUUGGCCACCAUUUUCCUGGCCUCCUUCGCUGCCCUGGUGGUGGUUUGCAGACAUCGCUACUGCCACCCUCACGACCUGCUGCACCACUUUGACUCCAAGCCCACAGUGGAUCUGAUCGGAGCCAUGGAGACCCAGAGUGAGCUGUCAGAGCUGGAGCUGGACGAUGUGGUCAUCACAAACCCCCACAUCGAGGCCAUCUUGGAGAACGAGGACUGGAUAGAGGACGCCUCUGGAUUGGUCUCUCACUGCAUUUCUAUCUUAAAGAUCUGCCACACUUUGACCGAAAAGCUGGUUGCCAUGACCAUGGGCUCAGGGGCAAAGGUCAAAGCACCAGCCAGCCUGAGUGACAUCAUCACUGUAGCCAAACGGAUCAGCCCGAGGGUGGACGACGUUGUCAGAUCUAUGUACCCUCCUCUGGACCCAAUCCUCCUCGACGCCAGGGCCACAGCUCUCCUCCUUUCAGUCAGCCACCUGGUGCUUGUCACCCGCAACGCCUGUCACAUGUCGGGCAGUAUGGACUGGAUCGACCAGUCGCUCCACGCUGCUGAAGAUCACAUGGUGGUUUUGCGUGAGGCGGCCCUGGCCUCCGAACCGGAACGUUACAUACCUGGAGUCGACGCACAGAAAGAGCAGGCCAUCUAGUACCAACACAGAUAUUAAUCAUAAACACAGAAAGGCAGCAGUAGGCCGUAAAAAUUAUGCCCCGCCUCUCUUCGCCUCGUUCUGCAAUGAACGGGCACAUAUUCUGCAAGAUGGUGUUGAAAAAGCAUGUUUCCCCUAACUCAAUAUCAAGCAAAUAGGCUGUGCAGAUGGAUGUAGUGACAUUUAACACACAAAAAUUGUCCUAGAUUUUUUUUUUUUUAUUUAUCAUAUUUUCAUGAAAAGUGCUUUCUGGCUUUCACACAGCCGCAUACAGGUGGUGUAUUUUGUAUGUAACCUUCCAGCAGAUCUUUAAAUAGUUGGUCUGUUGAAGGUGUAAGCUGCUUGCAAGUGAGGGGCUUUUAAAAAUUUCUUCCAAAGUGCGCCAUCGCCCAGCGGUGGGCCUAAAUCCAAUCUCGCCGUCACAUGGAGGCUUAGUCAGCUAAUCCAUUCUGAGAAAGAAAAAAAAAAACCCAGUUAGCCAGUGAACCCAAAAAGGCUCCAUCUCAGUGGACUAAUAGAAGACCAACCUGA